AAAUCGAUGCUUGGAUAUUUGAUUUUAAAACGAAUCAAUUCUUUUAAUUAUGAAUUGAUCUUCGAUUCAAAGUCGCCAUAGUACCAUUAACAAUUGCCAUUUACAACAUUUCAUCUUCCUAAAUUCAUUGCCUUUAAAUGAUUGGUUAAUAAAUGAAAAUCAAAUUGUUCAAUAAAAAGGUAUUUAUAACACUAUCGAAAUAUCAAUUGCAAAAAAUUAAAAACAAAUUAAAUUAAACUUGUAUAUUUAUUCAUUUAUUUAGGACUUGAAACAGACGAAUAUAUAGAGUAGUCUAAAUUUCGUAUCAUAUUCAAAUUCGCGCCAUAGACUUUAGAUUAGACGCUGCCAUAUUACUUUAGCUUCCCUUUUUGCCGUUACCAUCCCUUUCCAUCACCGAGCAACACCAGCAUCGUUCGGUCCUGCUCAAGAUUCAGGAUGCCGAGCAGAGAGUCACUCGGUUUCCAUGGUUUCCAUGCGCCUUACAACAUAACAAAACGCAGCCACGGUCCAUGUCAUAUGCCACGAGCACUAAAAAACGCUUAACAAAUUUCAUUUCAGUAAGAAUGUUUUGUGUGUAUGUACAUUUAAUAAUUUAAGUAUUUGUAAACAUAAAGAAGAAAAUAUUACAUUUGCAGAUUUGUAUUACAAAUAAUGUAUUAGUUAAUGAACACGAUAUGUUAUCUUGAUGAAUAAAGUGGAGAUUCCUCUUGAAAUGCAAUUUCGAAAUGUAGUUCGUAAUUAUGAAAAAAAAAUGGUUGCACAUUUAUUUAUUUUUCGUAAUAAAAUAAUAUUGUGAUAUUAAACACUUCUAUCUAUAAUUACAGAGUUUUUAUGAAACUUCAGCGACACAACAAAACGAUGCCGAUAGUUAAUUUAUUUUAUUUAAUAUGUAAGAUAUGUCUCAAAAUUCCAUCUUGUAUAAAUAUUUUUGCACAUCUCUGUGUCGUAAGAGAGCCCAUUAAAUAUGAAUGGAAAGAAAAAAAUGAAAAUGUAAUAGAGGUAAAUGAAAGUACUGAAUGCACAACUGCAUUAAAAGUUGAGAAAGCUAAAGUUCCAAUAUUAUCAGAGGAAGCUUCACCACUUAACUCAAAGUUAUUGGAGUUUUCAUGUUCCAUUUGUAGUAAAGAAUGGAAGACAUUGACUGAAUUAAAAGUGCAUAUAAAAACGCAUUCUUCAACAAAACCUUAUAUGUGUGAAAAAUGUGGUCAGGCAUACAAGCGUAAACAUGCAUUAGAAAUUCAUAUAGGAAUGCACAAUGGAAUUAAUCCAUUCCAAUGCAAUUUCUGUAGUAAGUGCUUUUCACAAAAAGUAUCACUUGUAAGACAUUUGCCAAUGCACACUGGUGAAACACUUUACCAAUGUGAGUUAUGUGGCAAAAGGUUUAUACAUCAUACAUCUUAUAAUAUGCAUAAACUAUCACACAGUGGAAAAAAAUCUUAUAAAUGCCAUAUUUGUGACUUAGCUUUGCUUUCAACAUCUCAUUUAAAAAGACAUAUGCGAGCUCAUACUGGUGAAAGGCCAUAUAGCUGUACAUUGUGUGGAAAAUGUUUUGCACAACGAUAUAAUUUACUUGCACACCAAAAGCUUCAUUAUCCGUUUGAAAAUAAAACAAAGAUAAUUAAUGAAACACAAUAUCAAUGUAGUUGCUGUAAUCUGGUAUUUGGACGUAACGAAAGUUUGCAGGAACAUAUCAGACAACAUGGAAAUAGAGAUGAUAAAACUCACUCAGCAUUAAAUUUUUNGCCCAUUAAAUAUGAAUGGAAAGAAAAAAAUGAAAAUGUAAUAGAGGUAAAUGAAAGUACUGAAUGCACAACUGCAUUAAAAGUUGAGAAAGCUAAAGUUCCAAUAUUAUCAGAGGAAGCUUCACCACUUAACUCAAAGUUAUUGGAGUUUUCAUGUUCCAUUUGUAGUAAAGAAUGGAAGACAUUGACUGAAUUAAAAGUGCAUAUAAAAACGCAUUCUUCAACAAAACCUUAUAUGUGUGAAAAAUGUGGUCAGGCAUACAAGCGUAAACAUGCAUUAGAAAUUCAUAUAGGAAUGCACAAUGGAAUUAAUCCAUUCCAAUGCAAUUUCUGUAGUAAGUGCUUUUCACAAAAAGUAUCACUUGUAAGACAUUUGCCAAUGCACACUGGUGAAACACUUUACCAAUGUGAGUUAUGUGGCAAAAGGUUUAUACAUCAUACAUCUUAUAAUAUGCAUAAACUAUCACACAGUGGAAAAAAAUCUUAUAAAUGCCAUAUUUGUGACUUAGCUUUGCUUUCAACAUCUCAUUUAAAAAGACAUAUGCGAGCUCAUACUGGUGAAAGGCCAUAUAGCUGUACAUUGUGUGGAAAAUGUUUUGCACAACGAUAUAAUUUACUUGCACACCAAAAGCUUCAUUAUCCGUUUGAAAAUAAAACAAAGAUAAUUAAUGAAACACAAUAUCAAUGUAGUUGCUGUAAUCUGGUAUUUGGACGUAACGAAAGUUUGCAGGAACAUAUCAGACAACAUGGAAAUAGAGAUGAUAAAACUCACUCAUAAUCUCUUCUGUUGAACCAAAAUCAAAUAAUUUAUCAAGGAAUGUAAAUACCGAGGACAAUAUACUAUAUGAAACGUGGAUAUGAUUGAAUCAUUCGAAAUUAGAACAAAAUCUGUAAUUCUUGAAAACCCUCUGCCCAAAAUUGAUGAGAGUUCCUUUGCAAGCACGUUCGAUGAUCAAAAAUUGCCUAUGGAAGUACAAAUUAUAAAACAAGUUUGCAGGUAAUUAUAGUCAUCAGGUACUUCGAUUUUAAAUGAUGAUCUCCUCAUUUGAUGAAACUCAUGUGUGAUCAACUGUGGGACGAUAUUACAAUAAAUGCUAACCAAUAUUUAUAAAGACUAAUGUAUCUUUCAAUAUUUUUAAGACCAGCAUCUGAAAAAAGUUAGCUAUUUUUUUUUUUAAAUACACGAACAAUUUCUACAUUAUAUUUUAAUAAUUAGAUUAUAAUUAAAUUAAUUCAUUUAAGUAGAAUAAUAAAAGUUCCUUACAUAAAAGUAUUUUUGAGACAACGUGUUCACUCUACAUGUAACUAAUUGCUAUGUACCAAUGAACUUGUUAAAAAUAAAGUAUAAUAAAUCUAAAAUAAACAAAGCUUAUAAAUUCUUGCAAUUAAUAAUUAUCUUCGUCAGGACAUUUCUUUGAAUCACGUGGCAUUUGACUAGGCAUUAAAUUUUUAAAUGAUGUAACACCAUAAGUUCUUAGCCAUGUCUUUGUUUGCAAUUUUGAUGAUGACAGUGACCUAUAAAUUUAAAUAUACAAAGUCAAGCUAAUAUGAAAAUUGGGAAAUAUAUGUACUUACUGUCUUAUUUCUUCAAUUACAGUAUUUACCAUUGCAGGAAUAGCAACUUGUGAAAAGUGCUCAAUUUCAGUGAAAAAUUUAGGUUUCUCAGUGGAGUAACCUGUAUACGAUUUAUAAACGAAAUUGAUUAAUGUAUUAAAAGUCAGCUUAUAAUCAUCCGUCAUCAACUACAAGAGCAAUGAAAUCUAAUUAAACAAGGAUUAUAGGUUUUAUAUUUACAACUGAAUUGUGAUAAAAAUUCAUACCACUAAGCAAAAAAAUCCUGGAUUAUUUACGUGAUGAUUUAAGUAAAUUGUUCUUGUUUUUAUUACAAGAUCAGUAUACAUUUCUUUCAAGUAUUCCGGAUUUUUUGUUUCCAUCAGGAACUUGAAAUAAAUGACAAAACUGCAUUAUAUUGUGCAGUGUUAUUAAGGUCGAAAGAAAUUUUUUUUGUACAAACUUGAUCAAAUAAGGUUUCUUCACUUGACGCUGAUUCGCUUAAAUUAUCUGGAGUAUGUAAUUCUCGAUGGAUUAACGUGCUCCUACGUUGCAUCAUUUUUGCCUGAUGCCGUUUUCGCUUUAAAACUUCGUCUUCUUCUAUGGUCAGUCCUUUAUCCAAAAUGACCUAAUCGAGCAUACUUAUUACUGAAUUCGUUAAUCAUCAAUUAUUAAUAUCUUAUACCCUUAGAUCGCUUUCUUUAUUUAUUUUGGAAUUCGAUGUAUCAAUGAACUUCAGGGUUGCAUUCUCUUGUUCUCCUUGAAAUUUGAUAUACUUUUUUUCUUCAAUUUCUACCUCACUUUUCGUCGAAAAGACUCUAGGAAGCGAUGAAUUGCUGUCGCGUAUAGAAGUUUCAUUUUUACUUUCUGCUUCUUGUUCAAAGUUAUCUACUUCCUAACAAUGAUAAUUUUUACAACAGUACUUGUAAUAAUGUCACUGUAAUGACAUGGGAUAAUAUUAUUAUUAUUCAUACAUGGCCUGAAUCAUCGUCAUGAACGUGUACCAUAGUACCUUCAGAUUCUGUACUAUAUUCGUUCAUACUUCUGCUUUCUUUUGGCGAACCCUCCAUACUUUCCUUAGCGCAUGUAUAAACAUCAAACUUUUCCAGAAUCCAAUUGCGAUGAAUUUUUUCACUUUUUGUCAAUACGAGAAUUGGCUUAGUAUUCGAAUACCGUUUACACAUUUGUAUAGUUGCAUGCAAGUCCAUUUGUGUAAUGCCAAUUUUCUUUUCAGAUAUUAAUGAAGCAAUUUGAUUAUGAUCUGCUUAAAUGUAUAGGUCAAUUACGAUUGGUCUGUACUUGAUGAAGAAUUUAAUAUAUAAUUUAAUAUAUUUUCAACUAACGAAACCCAUAACUAUUCCCUAACAUUUCUUGAAUCGCCAGAAAUUCUCCACGACGAGACAUGUCAUUAAAUUCUUCUCUAUUUGCAAAAAUGAAUGACUGCCUUUCUAGGUUACUAUCUCCUAAUUCUUUUGUGGUAUACCAUGAGCAGUACUUUAUCUAAAAUCAAUUGUUAAUCUUAAACACUUUACCUCAACAUUUCUAGAUGUAGCUAUAUUACCUUCUUUGAAAAUGUGUGAACAACAUGGAGAGCUAAAGAUACUUUUUUCACUGCUGAUGGACCCGUAAGUACUAAUAAAGGAGGGCUUGCUACAUCGUAUGGUAAUACAUGCAAAUCAAUUGUAGGUGUAUUUAAUUGUUCUAAUAAAGUUAAUUUUGUUACAGUACGGGCUGCUGUUAAAUCUACUGGUGAUGCAAACAAAGUGGCUGCAACAAUCUGUUUGAAUUAAUUUCUUCGCUAUAAUUAAACUAUUGUAUUUGACCAUUUAAAUCCAUACUUUUUCUGAAGUAAGUACAGGAACACCAUCAAUUUUUUGUAUACUUGGUAUGGAGAACAUGAGAACAGCUUUAUAAUUAGGCCAUUUUGUGCAACCAUUACCUCUAAGAUCUAUUUCAUCAAUGAAACCCUUAAAGUUUAUUAAUUCUAAUAAAUCUGAGAUUCUAUUAAA